AUGCAGCACGGCAUGACCCUGCCCCAUAACGUGGUUUAUAAGCGGGCUGCGGUGAACACAGAAAUCCCAACGCGAACGAGUCACCCCGGAUAUGUGUACACUGAGCCGGCUCAACUUCCCACCGCACCAGGAACUAUCUCGGGAUGCUAUAAAUAUCAGAACGCCGAUGAAUAUACAAACCUCUGCAGGGACCUAGCAUACGACAACAGCAUUACGGUAGCCGACCUGGCGGAGUGGAAUCCGAGUCUCAACAAUACCUUUAAUUGUACUCUUGACCAGAAGUACAGCUACUGUGCGCUGAAAUUUGAGAACAGCACUUACUAUACAUGCAAUGAACUGGUUGCUGAUAAUGGCAUCACUCUGACUGAACUCCUUGCCUGGAACACGUGGCUCUCUGAGGAUUGCGACACCGCACUCCUUGCCAAUUUGACCAUCUUCGAUGACCGCGCUGUCUGUAUCGGGGUCGGCGAAGAGAAUUCGACCACUGCCACAGCUACGACCAGCGCUGCUACUGGAACUACAAUCCAAGCCUCCACGUCCAUGGGCUCCACUCCGACCGACACCAUCUCUGGGUGCCAGGAGUUUUAUACCGUCACUGACAGCGAUGACUGUGCAAGUGUCUUGAGCAAAUUCGGAAUCACGGUCUCCCAGUUCUACCAGUGGAACCCCAGUGUUGGCAGCACAUGCACAAACCUCUGGCGCGAAGAAGCAUACUGUGUAAAAGGGCCGGCCACCGCUACAAGCUCAGGGCCAAAUGCACCGGUGCAAACAGGCAUCGCAUCGAACUGCAAAAAGUACUAUACCGUUGCUUCCGGUGAUUCCUGUGCGAAAAUCGAGUCGACUUACGGGAUUACAUUUGCGCAACUGUAUAAGUGGAACCCCGCGAUUGGAUCAAACUGCCAAACUCUCGAUGUUGGCUAUUCUGUGUGUGUGGGUGUUUCUUUCUAG